CACAUUCCAAUUCGAUCCUUCCCCGGCGUGUCACAUAUGUUUCCUGCAUACACAUUACACAACACAACAAUCGUUACUUUCAUUCUUCUUCGUACCAGACACUUCCUUCUCUAUCGUUGUCCUUACAAAUGACAAGUCCGAAGGCGGAGUCCGAAGACAGGGAAGUGAUUAUAGGGAGAGGUGAAGGAGAAAACGAGUCAUGUUCUGGUUUUCAGGGAUUGAAGUUUGAUUUUGGUAGUGGUAGCAAGAGUAGGACCAAAAGUUUUCAUCCUCCAAUUGAAACGCAUUGGUGUCUCAAUUCGUCACCAGGAAAAAAGGCUUCGUCUUCUAUUAAGUCAGUGUUGUCUUACCCACUCGCGAAAUUUAGAAAGAGUAAAAGUCUUAAAAUGAUUCUAGAAGGAGCCCGUGAUCCUAAGGAUAAACAAAUUGUUGAGUCUUUUCGCGAAAUGCUGAUACAAGAAGACCUCUUGCCACCAAAGCACGAUGAUUAUCAUACUCUUCUAAGGUUUCUGCGCAUGAGGGAUUUCGACGUGUCAAAAUCCAAAGAGAUGUUUCAAAAUUAUCUGAAAUGGCGCAAGGAAUUUCGAGUAGACGUGCUUCCAAAGGAAUUCAAUUUCACGGAGUACAAUGAAGUGAAGAAAUGCUAUCCUCAUGGAUAUCACGGAGUUGAUAGAUACGGUAGACCCGUGUAUAUUGAGAGAACUGGGAUGGUAGACCUUAACAAACUGGGAGAAGUAACCACAUUUGAAAGGUUUAUCAAAUAUCAUGUGUCAGAGCAAGAGAAAACUCUGAAAGUAAGAUACCCUGCAUGUUCACUAGCUGCUAAAAAGCACAUAGCAUCCACUACAAGUAUCUUGGAUGUCAAUGGAGUAGGGAUGUCUAAUUUCUCAAAGCCCGCAAGAUACCUCUUUACGGAAAUUCAGAAAAUCGAUAGCUGUUACUAUCCUGAGACUCUAAAUCAGCUCUUUAUUAUUAAUGCCGGAUCUGGGUUUAGGAUGCUGUGGAAAGCAAUAAAAGCAUUCCUAGAUGCACGCACAGUAUCAAAGAUUCAAGUAUGA